ACGUCAAGAUCUCGCAACAUGUGCUCAACAUAGCGAUACUCUAGCUGAGCCAACCGCUGCUCUGGAGGACGAGUGUGUGCGGCAUAUUCAAUUGCAGCUUGCUUGUAUGCACCAGGAUGGAGCUGCGCACUAUGAGCAGCAAUGAUCCUGAUCCAAGCGUACCAUCUCGGCCAAGGACGGAAAAGGAUAGCCGCGAUGGGCGGAGCAGCACUUACUCCACACAAUCUGUGGAGCGCUGGCUGCUCAUCGUCGCAGCAUCUCACCGAUCUCUGAGCAUACUGCUGCUCAUCCUCUUUGGUCUGCUGCAACAUCCCUUUGACGCUUCUUCAUGCGUCCCACAAUCCACCCUCGCAACGCUCUUUACUCGAUGGGACACGACGCACUAUCUCAGCCUUGCCUCGCCUGAUCGACGGGGUGCAGAGGAGCAUUCGCUCAACGGAUCGAUUGGUGGAUAUUGGUGGGAGCAUGGCGUUGCUUUUCAGCCCGCUUUGCCUUGGAUGCUUAGACUUGCAGGUAGCUUGCCACUUGUCAUACCAGGCCAGACUUGGAGUGCAGAAGCUGCUAUUGCCAUAACAUCGACCCUGUGCGCCCUGAGCAGCAUAGCUUGUCCACUCUUGCUCUUCAGACUUGGCCGAAAGCACACCAAUGAUGAAAUCUUCUCUCUCACGGCCGCAUUUCUGAGCAUCCUCACACCAUCUCCGUGGGCUCAAAUCACCCCUACUCCUGAAGCGCCCUUCGCGUGCGCCUUUCUCAGCUUGUGCCUCCUCCUGUCUUCGUCCAAAGCCGAAGACGAUGGUGUUGAGCCUAGGCCGAGCGGUACCAAGGAGACCUUGGAGCCGAGCAAUCGACCUGUGCGUCCGGCGCGCUUGGUCCUCGCUGCUGUGCUGGGCGCUGUCUGUAGCGCUCUGCGCGCCAAUGGCGUGUUGACUAGCGGGCUACUUCUUUGGCACAUUCUGUGGGACGGGGCUGGUGGCCGACGAGGAUGGACGCUUAGUAUGCUGCGUUGCCUGUUCCUGCUUCCUCUCGUCCUCGUUCCAGUGGUUCCUUUGAUUUUGGUCCAAGUGUGGAUGCAAGAACACAUGUGCGGCCCGUCUCGCGCUCAAGCUCACGGCGGAUCGCUUAGCGAGGAAGCACGAAUACCGCCUUACUGCUCAGACGGGCCGUACAGCUUCUCUGCCUACAGCUACGUGCAAAAGAGGUACUGGAACGUGGGACCGUUCGCAUACUGGACCAUUACUCAAUCCCCCAAUCUGCUCUCGGCUGCACCGAUACUGAUGCCCAUGCUGGAUUGCAUCUGGACCUACUACUUUUCAGACUGGAAGAGCGUCUGUCGACGCACGUUGCAACCUUGGCUGAAAGGCGCGCAUGUGCACCACACGCCAGGCGUACAAUCACGAUUACUCACGCGCCAUCGCCCACACUCGCGAGGACGCAUCUUGACGAUGCAGAGUGCUCCGCAUAUGCUCGUCGUCGUGCAUCACGCUACUCUAUCGGCGCUGCUUUUGAUCGUCAUGGCGCACACGCAGAUCUCCCUCAGGCUCGCCAUAGCACUACCGGUGGUCUGGUGGGGCGCUGCCGACUGGGUCUUGCAGGGCGAACAAGGCACAGUCGGGUCGAAGCGGGAAACGCCUUGCGAUGCGAAAGACCAAGGCGAAGAGAAAGACGAUGGCAAGACCUCUGGGUCCAAGAAUGAUUCGAGAAGCUGUGCGACGGGUGCUGGGGGCAAAGCUGCAGUGGCUCUUACCCCUAGAGCUAGGUACCUCGUGGGCUUUCUUGUCAUGUGGAACAUUCUCAGCUUGGCCCUUUACGCCGGCUUUUAUCCUCCUGCUUGAGUGAGCGAGAGGAUGCCGAUGGAAUCUACUUGCCUACGCUCUGCCUUGCCUGCUUCAUCUGGGCCCCAACGUGAUAGGUCGAACGGAUUUCAACACUUGUCACGCGUUCACGCAAUGUGGACAUGCAAGCGACGUCUCAGCGAUCAUAUUGUCGCGGUCGUCUUGAAAUUUUUCGAGCCUCGUCUGUACA